AGGGGACGGAGCGCGAAACGGAGCCUUUGUUGUGAAGCCGCCCCCCCCCCCCCCCCCCCGCCAAAGAGGAAGGUCAGCGGCUGUGGGUGAGGGAUCAGCGCCGCCGGGAGCAGCAUCGGGCCUGGGCGCGGAGCCGGCAGCCAUGGGGCUCUCGGAGACGCUCAGCCUGAACGGGCAGUUGUUGAUCGGGCUCCUGGUGAAUCUGUUCGCCUCCAUUUGCAUCGUCUUCGUCAACAAAUGGAUCUACGUCCAGUACGGCUUCCCCAACAUGACCCUCACGCUGCUGCACUUUGUCAUGACCGGCCUGGGGCUCUACAUCUGCCAGAGGGUCAACAUCUUCUCCCCUAAAUCCCUCCAUCCCACCAAGAUCCUGCUGCUGGCUCUCAGCUUCUGUGGCUUCGUUGUCUUCACUAACCUGUCCCUCCAGAACAACAGCAUUGGCACCUACCAGCUGGCCAAGGCCAUGACCACCCCGGUCAUUAUACUCAUUCAAAGUGUUUACUACAAGAAGACUUUCUCUUCCAAGAUCAAGCUGACAUUGAUCCCUAUAACAUUGGGUGUAGUUCUGAACUCUUACUUUGAUGUGAAGUUUAAUUUUCUAGGAAUACUUUUUGCAACACUUGGUGUUUUGGUUACCUCUAUAUAUCAAGUGUGGGUAGGAGCUAAACAACAUGAAUUGCAGGUGAAUUCAAUGCAACUCUUAUACUACCAGGCCCCAAUGUCAUCUGCCAUUCUCAUGCUCACUGUGCCAUUUUUUGAACCAGUGACUGGAGAGGGAGGAAUCUUUGGAAACUGGUCUGGUACAGCAUUGAUGAUGGUAUUGUUUUCUGGAAUAAUUGCCUUUCUGGUGAAUUUGUCCAUUUACUGGAUCAUUGGAAAUACCUCACCUGUCACAUACAACAUGUUUGGACAUUUCAAGUUCUGCAUUACCCUACUGGGAGGGUAUAUCUUGUUUAAAGAUCCCCUUUCGCUUAAUCAAGGUCUGGGGAUUCUGUGUACUUUAUGUGGCAUUUUGUUUUACACCCAUUUCAAACUUGGUGAACAAGAAGAAGGAAAGAACAAGUUGGCACAAAGACCUUAAACCUCUUCUAGCUGAGUUCCGUAUAUGUUUUUUAAGUGCUGCUAGUGAGCACCAAUUCCUAGGUACUUGAUAAGUAUGGCAUCUCUGAAGUUGAAGCGAUUAUAAUUCAGUACUUCACUUUUACUGCCAAAAACAUUUGCUGUUCAUAGAUUGAAAUAUAUGUAUCUGACCAAGUUUCAUGUGCCAUAUUUUGCUAAUUUUUGUUAUUAAAAAUGUUGCUUUUAAGGAUAUUCCUUGCAAUUAGCACAUUGUCAUGUCAACUUAAGCUUUAAAUUUGAAAGCAUGCUGUAAUGGUCACUAAUGUCAUUAUUUAUAAAAUUGCUGAAAGGUGUUCUGGAUCUUGGAAAAAAAAAUCAAUGGUACAAAUAAUAUCGGGAAAGUUUGUUUAAUCAUGUAUUUUCAGAAAGUGAACAUUCGUAAUUUUAAGUGUGUUUUGCCUGUCCAAUAUAUUACACUGGACAAUUUAUUGUGAGGGUAAAUGAAUAAACUUAUUUUUCCACUGUU